GAUACAAUAGAUCCUCCUGAUUGGUCAACAAAAGCGCGGCAGGAGGGAUCACCUUUACACAAUAUUCCUCGAAAUAUGCAGUAAAAUUACGUAUUCUAACAUAAGUCAUAAAAAUUUUAAACCGAUUAUUUUUGUACAUAAUUUAAUCGAAACCAUUACCUUUAGUAAUUCACUCAGAGCAUCCGUUCUCACUUCAUUGUUCUCUAUAACGAACUAAAAAAGUUAUAAAAACAUAUAACGUUCCAAAUUGAAAAAUGUUAAAAGACAGGUGAUUGGUACUAAAGUUUAAUCGUCGUUAUUGGUCGAAAUAUUCGCGGGGGUCCUGCCUAAAAACAUAGGCGCAGAAAGUAAUUAUUUCAACUAUCUCAAUUUAAUUUUUGUUUUAAUUAUUUCAAUUUAAGAAUAGAUAUUAACAAAGACUUAAUAAAAGUUGUAUCAAACGUUGUAAAAAAAAGUUUAAAUUAUACGGAUUAAACUUUGAUAAUGUUUCGGAACUUUUUAUCGAUUUAAGAAUAAUUGCAAUUUUCUCGCUAAAAUUUCAAAUCUUAAAGAGCAUAAUAUCUAUAUUUUAAGAAUUUGAGUUCUUAUUAAUAUCCAAUAAUUGAAAACGUUAUUAGAUGCACAUCAUACGAUAUGUAUCAUACUAUUUUUUAAAGACUAUAAUAUUUUAAUUUUGUUACGUUAUACAAAUCUCCUUAUGAUAGGGAAUCAUUGUUUUAAAUUUCGAUUGUAUCAAACCCACUGGUAUUUCAAAUAUUUCUAAGUACCUACCAAAGUAUUUUAAUUUAUGUCUUGAAUAAAGUGCAAUGUAAAAUUCAGCAAAACAGUAAUUAUCGGAACAUUAUAUCAAAAUAUGUCAUUAAUUUUGCUUUGUAAUCAGUUUUCAUUACGAUAGAUCCAAUAAUUUGAUAAUGUAUACAUAGUUUACAUAAUAUUAUAAAUAGGUAUACACAUAUACAAGCUUUCUUUCCUUCAUUACUUACAAAGAGUUGUCUGGUAUUUGGCGCGAGAUUCUAAUGUCUCUUAUUUAAUAAAAUUUGUCUUUCAAUAAAGUUAAUAUUGAAAAAAAUUGUAUGCAGACAUUCAAUUAGCAUGCAUAGAUGACAUUCUUCCAAUAAAUAAAUUAUGUCCAAUUUAUCUCAUGUACAACGUGUUAGAAUACUGUACAAAACAAUUUUAAGGUUACAUCGUGGUUUACCAGCUGAAAUUCAAGCUGUAGGAACCAGUUAUGUUCAAGAUGAGUUCAGAAGACAUAAAAAUUGUGAUGAAGCUACAGCAGCUAUAUUUUUGAAGGAAUGGACAGAGUAUGCUAUAAUGCUUACUAAACAACUUGGACUAAAAGGGCCUCAUACAGCUAAGCCUCUAGGUAAAAAUUUAAAAGAAGAAGAUUUAGACAAAUUUAGGAAUGAACAAAUGUAUCAGUUAUAUGAGCUAAUGAUUGCAGCUACUGGUAAAACUAAUAACGAUGCAGAAGGCAAAUAGUUUAUUAUCGCUACAAUGUCAAAGUACUUCAUAUUUUAUAGUUUUUGAGAUAUGUAAUAUUACAUAUCAUAGUUUAUUAUCAAUGUAAUUGUAAUUUACUUGUAUCAUUGUUUAUGUACAUAAGUAAUCCAUAAAAAUUUAGGCUUGAGCAAAAUACCUUACAAUAAUACUCAUUAACACUAGUAUCUAAUAGACUUGUACAUAAAGUAUAUUAAAUAUUAGUAUACUAUAGCGUAUUUAAUGUUGUAAAAAAUAUAAAAUAUUACAAUAAAGAAAUUACAGAGUGCAGAAAAAAGAAAA